AUGGACACUCUGCAUCAGUGGAGAUACCGGCUCGCACAAGAGGCCGAGGAGGCUGUCAAAACUUUGAUCUCAGAAGAUGAGUAUCUUGAUACCAAGGAGAAGAUCAAAGAUUUCAUCACGUACCUGCUUGGAGAUGAGGCCGGCAGAGCGCCCUUUGUGUACAAGAGCUGGGGAGGUAGAACAAAGCAAAUGGUCAACCGUGUGCUUCACUUCUGGAAGACAGGCAAGUUUGUGAAGCCCACCAGUAGAGCCAGCCACUACUCGCAGGACAACUGGGGCAAUACAAGCAUAUGA